AUGAUCCUGAAGGAGGGGAAUCUUAGCCCUGCCGCCUGCCCCGAACCCCGCCGCGGUACCCGCGUUGGCUCGGAGCCUGUCAGGCAGCACGUACGGGAGAGCCGUCUCUCUGCUCCUGUGCCUAGAAGCCACACGCAGCCGGAAAGUCGCCUGACACUUCGGUGCCACCCUACAACUUCAAGCUCCUCCGACGCGUCCCGCCGGCCGGCGCCGCUGCGCCCCUCCUGCCGCCCGGGCACUCACCCGCCACCCGCCCGCUUAAAGGGGCGAAGAGCCCUUCCCAGGCGCUGCGCUUCUCCUAAACCGCGCUUCCAGAGUAAAGGCCCCGGUUUGUGGCCGCCUGUUCCCCUCGCCCCGCCCCGACCGCGUUUCCCGCGGGCGCCGCUUCGGCCCCGGCGUUUCCCGCGGCGAUUACGGAGUCCCGGCUCGGGAGCGGGAGAUUCUCCCGGCAUCCCCCCGGAGGAGCCUAACACCCUCCUCCGCACUCCGGCGGGACUCGCAGGGAAGAGCCGCAGCGGAGUGCCGCCGCCGCCGCAGCGCUCGUCGGUGCACAGCGGCCUCUCGCCGCCCUGCGCCAUCUUGCACACUCGCUGGGGGGGCCGCCUUCCCCCGCCCUCUCCAAGAUGGCGCCGGCCGGGUGAGUGA